AUGCCUUCCUCGAAGCCUUUGAAGAUCAAGCCCUCCGAGGUUGCGGCGGACACCAAGAAGAAACUGAUCCCAGAAGUCAAUAGAUACUUCCGCGAGGAGUGGCCCCCAUACUCAGUUCUCUACUCUCAGCCGCUACUCCAGCUUCCGCUCAGCCGCCCGGCCUUCAUGAGCUCAGACUUACCCAACUUCUAUGUCGUGCAUAGCGAUCCUGUAGACUGCGCACUGGGCUGGGCUCAAAGUGAAGGAGUCCGGAUCCCCUUCAUCUGCGCCGCGAACGAGAAGCGACCCGGAGGUGAUUGGGAGACAGGUGUUGUCGGUUACGAGGAGAGAUUAUGCCGUCGCAGCAAUCUGUCAGCAACGUUGGGGUCUCCCCAUCCGGAUACAUGCAUGCCAACCAACUACCCGAUCCCGAUCGAAGGAGCCAUCUAUUCUCCCGAUGUUGUUCGUUUCCGCCAGUUUCAAGACAGGAUCGAGUCAUUGGACAUGAAAGAUUGGAGGUCGCUGCCAGUUAUUUCUAUGCCGCCAGCUCGGUGGCCGAAGCUCACAGACAUGGGACGAAAGUACUCUUUUUCGGAAGAGCGAGAAUUGGUACGGAAUAAGAUGCGCGCCGCCUUGCGAAUCUGCGUGUUCAACGGCUACAACCACGUUGUGAUCGGCGACUUUGGCCUUGGCAAUGGCUACCGCAACCCGCCCAAGGAGCUGGCGGAGUUGUGGCGCGAAGUCUUUCUCUACGACCCAGAAUUGAGGGGCCAGUUUCUCGCCGUCAUGUUCGCUUUCGAAGACGACAGACAGUGCACAGCCAAGUUCAUCCUCGACGACAUCGCCAAGAAGACGAAAGGGAGCGGCAGCAGCAGCAGCUCUUCGAAAAGCAAGUCAAAGAGCUCGUCAUCAUCAAGUUCAAGCGGCAGUUCAUCCAGUCACAAAAGCGACUUCAAAAUCUUCAGCGAAAUCUUCGCGACGAGUGAGAUAGCCAGAGUUCGGAGCCAACCUGACCCACGCUACGCCUUCUCUGCAAUUAUGGAUGGGUCUUGA